CCCAACAGGCCUCGCCCCCUGCUGACGGUCGGACCCGCGCCUGUGUGGGGUGACGGGCUCCGGUUCAGGGGUUACACACGGCUGCCGUUAACGGACGGAGCGCGGUUGUGGCACGGAACAUGCUCUCCCUCCUGGCUCGGGCCGCUGCUGCCGUGGCCCGGCCGCUCCGCUCGCCUCUCUGCUCGCCAGUGUGGAGCGGCUCGCGCGCCGCCGCCGCGGCUCGGGCCCUGCUCGCCACUCCGCCACUGCCCGCUGUGGUGCCUUUGGCGGGGCUGAAGACAAAAACGUCUCUGAAGAGGCGCUGCAAGGACUGCUUCAUUGUGCGCCGGCGGGGCCGGCUCUACGUGUGCUGCAAGACCAACCCCCGGCACAAGCAGCGGAAGAUGUAGCCGCGCAUUUGCCCUGCUUGUCGGUUCACCUCAGGUUCCCGGAGUCUCUCCCGAAACAGAAAGCUCUCGCGAGGCUCUUGAAAGGAAAACAAUAAACUCAGUCUUUGUAUGCAUGA